CACAAAGAUAGGAGAGAUCAUUGAUUGUUUACAAACAUUGUUUAGAACAUUAAGAAUUCGUAAUCAGAAAAGAAAUAAAUAUGCAACCAGAAAACUUGAAAGAAACAUUUUGUAGAUUGUGUCUAAAUACUAUAAGGGAUACAAAUUGCAAGAUAAGAGAUAACAUAAGGGACUUUCUAGAAAUUGUUUCGCCAGUUGUGAAUUUGGCGGAAAAAGAUAAAAAUUUAAUAUGUGAAGUAUGUUCCGUGAAAUUAUUUGGCGCAUUUAAUUUUAAGUCGAUGUGUAUGGAUACCGAGAAUAUUAUUUUUCCCUAUAUUAGCGCCAGUAAAGUGUCAGUGAUUGACUUAAAAGAAGUUUAUCUAAAGGAGAAAGCAAAUACUGAGUUAAAUGAUAUAUUAGAAGAUCAGAGAAUUUGUCGAUUAUGUUUUCAUUUGGUAACAAAUGGAUUCGUUUCACUUAAUGAAGUGAACGUUGACAUAAUCAAUAUAUAUUUACCACAACUUAAAGUCAGUGCUACCAACGACCCUGUUAUAUGCGGACCAUGUUUUGAUUCACUGCAUACACAUGGAGAUUUUUUAAAGGAAUGCCUUGAUGCUCGGAAAAAAUACAAAAGUACUGAUAAUGAGUCUGUUAUUAAAUUUGAAGAGACUGAACUAAAACUGGAAGACGAUCAGGAUGGGCAGGAGGAAUAUAAAAGUAUUGAUAAAGAUAUUAAGCCAGAAGAAAUUGAAAUAAAGGGAGAGGAAGAUGCUCAGGAUGGUGAUUCUUCUUCAUAUGACUUAAACGAGGAAAUAAUUGAAAACAAAAAAUGGCAUUUUUCAGAAGAUACAGAAGAUAUAAAGAAAGAAUAUAAAUAUGAGACAGGAAGUAAGGAAAUCUAUGAAACGUCCAUAUUAUUUUGCAAAUUCCAACUACCCAAAUGCAAAAAGUCUAGAUUUAAGGAAUCACACAAUGAUCCUUCAGACAUCCCAAUGUUCAAAUGUGAUUAUUGCACUUUCAAAACUAAAUAUAAGACCGCUCUAAAACAUCAUCAGUUAAGUCAUAAAGAUCCUUCGGAAAUUCAAGUGUACAAAUGUGAUCAGUGUAGUUAUGAAAGUCAUAUGAAAAAGUAUUUAAAAAAACAUCAAUUAAUUCACAAAGAUCUCUCAGAAGUGCAAAUUUACAAGUGUGAUAUGUGUAGCUUUGAAACCAGACGUAACAGUGACCUGAGAAGACAUCAGUUAAUGCACAAAGAUUCCAUAGAAACUCAGGUUUUCAAGUGUGAUCAGUGUAGUUAUAAAAGUUAUAUUAAAAGGUAUUUAAAAAAACAUCAAUUAAUGCACAAAGAUCCCUCAGAAAUACAAAUGUACAGGUGUGAUACGUGUGGUUACGAAACUAGACGUAAAAGUUAUCUGAAAAUUCACCAGUCAACGCACAAAGACCCUUCUGAAAUCCAAAUGUACAAGUGUAAAAAUCCUUCAGAAAUUCAAAUGUAUAAGUGUUAUACUUGUAGUUAUGAGACCAAAAGCAAUGAUUGUCUGAACUGUGCACAUCACAUCUGUGCACAUCAGUUAGUGCACAAAGAUUCUACAGAGAUGCAAGUGUACAAGUGCGAUAUGUGUAGUUAUACAACUUAUAUUAAAAGCUAUUUAAAAAAGCAUGAAUUAAAGCACAAAGAUCCCUCAGAAAUGCAAAUGUAUAGGUGCGAUAUGUGUAGUUUUGAAACUGUACGCAAGAGGUAUCUAACAAAGCAUCAGUUAAAGCACAAAAAUCCCUCUGAAAUCCAAAUGUACAAGUGUGAUACAUGUAGUUACCAAGCUAAAUAUAAGACUAGUCUGACAGCACAUCAGUUAGUGCACAAAGACUCCACAGAGAUUCAAGUAUACAAGUGUGAUAUGUGUAGUUAUGAAACACAUAUUAAAAGCUAUUUAAAAAGACAUCAAUUAAAGCACAAAGAUCCUUCAGAAAUGCAAACAUACAAGUGCAAUAUGUGUAGUUACGAAACUGGACGUAAGAGGUAUCUGACAAAGCAUCAGUUAAGGCACAAAGACUCUUCUAAAAUCCGAAUAUACAAGUGUGAUACAUGUGGUUAUGAAGCUAAACAUAAGGCUAGUCUAAAAGCACAUCAGUUGUGGCACAAAGAUUCUCCAGAGAUCCAAGUAUAAAAGUGUGUUCAGUGUAGUUAUUAAACUCAUUUUCAAUGGCACUUUAAAUUGCAUCAAAUAAUACAUAAAGAUCACCAGAAAUCCAAAUGUACAAAUGUAAUACUUGUACAUAUGAAACUAAACAUAAAAACCAUCAGUUAAUACACAAAGAUCCUUGUGAAGUCGAAAUUUACACUGUGUGAUACUUGUAGUUUUGUAACUAAGU